AUGACGUGCCCAUUUUGCGUUGACCAUGUUGUCACCAAUGUAGCGAGAUCCGACGGGCAGGCAGGGGAUCGGUUCUACAAGUGCAUGCUGUACGAUGCACGACAGUGUCGUUUCUUCGAGUUCCAGCAAGCAUACUGCAGGAGGAUGACCCCUCACCAGAUCGCCACUGCUCGGCGGCAAGCCAGGAUUAACCCAGCUGGCCAGGGAUCUGGUGUCUACCAGGGCAACGGGGUGGCUCAGAUGGUUCCUGUUGCCACCCAGGCCCAGAUACAGGCGCAAGCUCCACACCAAGUGCAGACACCCCCGCUGGCGGUGAGCAACCUGAUUGCUGAAGUGGAUAGGCCGGCCGCCGUAGCCGGAGCCGUCCUUGCAGGACAGGGCCUCGUUGUUGUCUCUAUUCUCAUGAAGUGUUAUCCCACACUUCAGGCGACGCCCCGAACCUGGACCCCGCCGCCGGCCGGGCACCCACCGUCCGCCCACCCCGCGUCGCCGCCGCCGGCCGCGCCGGGCCCUGGAUGGCGGCGGCGGGUCCGUUUCUCCUUCCCCGAGCCCCAAUCCCCCGCCCUCUCCCACCUCCCCGCCCACUCCCGGACGCGAUUUGGGUGCUCCUCCCAGCGGGUGACGGUGCUUUCCGCCCGGGUGCGCCCUAGCGGCUACCCCCGACCCCGACCCACCCCUACUCCCUGCUCGAGCUUCGGGCCGGCCUCUUCGGGAGGCAGCCAUGGAGGUGGUUUGUCCUGCAGGACGGUGCCUGUUUCUUGCAGGUCGCCGAUCAGGAGUGUGGCUGCGCGCGUGACCCCUUCAACACCACAGCCACCCACCACCACCCCGCAGGGGCGGCUUCUGCCCGGCGGCCAUGGACCUGCGUCCCUUUCCUGCGUUCAUGGUCGGCGCGGCCUCAGACCCGGCGAGCCCCGGGGGCUGCGCUCUUCCGGCUCCUUUGGCUCACUAGCUCCUCGUCUCUGCACCACCAUCACCCUGCCGGUUCCUUGGUUGGCCGUCCAUCCCGGUGCAUCUUUGUCUCCGACAUUGCUCCAGGAGCUGCGUGCCCUUCCAGCUCUUGGGCCCGCCGGCACCCUGCUGCUCCGGUCCCGGGUGGCCCAGCCACGCAACCUCGCCCUCCUUCGGAGUUCGCACGUCCAGCGGCGCCCAGUGCCUCCUCCGGCAUUGUGCGUGGCUCGCCUUCCUGCAGUCGCAACUCCGGCCAACGCCUGACAACCUCCUCUCUGAUUCGUGUUCCGACGUCUUGGGAUUGCUCGAAAUUGGCCAGGGAGAAAUCCCUGCAUCUUAUGUUGGUAGCGGCGACACCCGCGGGUGCCGUACCCUUCUUGGAGGCGCUGCCAUGGCUGUUUUUCUUAUGGUUCGGAUUUCCCGGUGUCGUUCUCCUUCUUGAAGGCGCUGUCUUGGUUGCUCGCGGCGUCCUUGGUGCUAGAUUCGGAGCUUUUGGUCAUCUAGUUGAUUGGAUUGCUUCUCUGGUCGGCGAGUUUAGCUGUGUUCUUCUUUGCUUGGGUCGAGUAUCUUAUGUCUCUCCGCUUCGGGCACCAUGUUCACGCCCCUUGCGUCCGUGUCAUGUGCUGUACCACCUGUUGCACUCAUUCUAACUUCUUCUAUCAAUGCAAUGAUACGCAAGCUUUGCGUGUUCCCGAAAAAGUACUUGCUGUAGAUCUGAUAUUAUGAGAAUAUAACGAUGAUUAUUUCUUGAUGAGUACUUGCUUCAUGAUUUUUCCAGUGCAUGUUCAAGUUUACAUGUGAGAGGAUUUUGCUUGGUAGGUGUUUGUGAUAAUGCUUGAAGGGGCAAAUAUUUACAAAUUGUAGUUCAAGUUUUUCAGAUGAGCAAAUCUUUUGGUUUAAACUUGUUAGCAGUGAAACAUGCAAUGAAUGACGAUAUAUGAAAAGGAAAAUAUUAAGUUGUUUUAUGUGCAUCGUGUUGACCUGAAAUCAAAGCUUAGCAGUAACAUGCAAUUUGAGAGAGCAGGAAUCGGUUAACACAUUAGUACUAGUGGUAUUAAUGGCAUGAUAGAUUUCCCAACUCUUGUUUAUUACUGGGAAUAUAGUGGCUGUCACGCUGUGCUGUUGAUUUUAACAGUCAGACCUAAAAUAUUACCUUUUGAGGUGGUUGUUUCUCCUUUCAGCAUCGGCCCGAUACUGAUACACGUAUCAGUAGAGGAAGCAAGCCGAAUCCCUCCAUGCUUGCUCCUCAUGAAAUUUUCCUAGCUUAUUUGAUUGUGAUUUGUCUUUUGUCUACCUGUG